ACGACGUCUUAAAAAAAUACGAAACUCACUUAAUAUAAAAACCAUUAAAAUAUCAUCGAAAUUUAUAUUUUCGGUUUUAAAAAUAACUAAUUAUUUUAUUUUUGUAAAUUUGAUACUUAAAACACGUAAUAUCAAGAUGAGUCUUUAUAAAAUGGAAAAUUGCGACGAUCGUCUGACACCGAGGGAUAUCACAAUGGCGGAGAUUAAGAGAGAAAAUUAUGAAGCAACCGUUAAAAAACUGGAUACUUAUUAUUUUAGACUGAAAUGUGAGAUUUCCAGAUACCAAAGCCUUUCUCUUGGUCUCUACCCGGAAUGUGGUACACCUGAUCCUUACAAAGCAUCCAACCAUGGCCACAUCCGAGACAGUAUUUAUUGUGCGGCAGCAACAUGGUGUCUCUCACAGGCAUACAGACACAUCGAUGAUGACCAGGGGCGGUGCCAAGAGUUGGCACAUAAUGCCAUCAAAACCAUGCGUGGUGUUCUCUACUGUUGGAUGCACCAAAACACGAUAACACAGAACAUCGAAAAAUUCAAACAUGACCAAAAUCCCAUCAAUGCUCUCCACAGUGUGUUCGAUAUCGUCACUGGUGACCCUGUCUUCAAGAAGGACGAAUCAGGGCACUUACAGCUUGAUGUUAUUGGUCUCUACCUCAUCUUCCUUGUCCAGAUGAUAACCUCUGGCCUCCAGGUGAUAUUUUCAUCUGACGAAGUGAACUUUGUACAGAAUCUCGUGUUCUACGUUGAGCGUGCCUAUCGCACUCCUGACUAUGGCAUGUGGAAGAGAGGAACGAAAUAUAACAAUGGUAGUACGGAAAUACAUGCAAGUUCUAUCGGUUUCUGUAAAGCUGCUUUAGAAUCCAUAAGUGGAGUGAACCUGUUUGGAGAAUAUGGUGCUUCCUGGUCUGUCAUUUAUAUUGACAUAGAUGCCCACAAUCGGAAUCGAACUAUUUUUGAAACCAUCCUACCUCGAGAGUCAAAUUCCAAGAAUACUGAUGCCUCCCUUCUUCCAGCAAUUAGCUGGCCAGCAUUUGGCAUCCACGAGACAUACCUGCGUGAACGAGCAAUCAGCAAAGUUCUGCGCAAACUCAGUGGCAGCUACGGAUUAAAACGCUACCUCCGUGACGGCUAUAAGACUGUUCUAGAAGAUGAAACUCGUAAACACUACGUGCCAGCAGAGAUUAAGAACUUUGAUGGUAUUGAGUGUGAGUGGCCAAUGUUCUAUGCCUACCUCAUGAUUGAGUAUGAAUUCAAGGGCAAUAAGGCAUUGGUUGAAGAGUAUUAUCAACGCCUUAAACCUUUAUUGAAACAGACUGGAUAUGGUUGUCUGAUACCAAAGUAUUAUUAUGUUCCAAAGGAAAACAUUGAGAAGGAAAUAAAGAAUCCUGGCAGUACUGAAAAGAUCCCUAGCCCUGAAGGUUCGAGUGAUGGAGUCUUUCUCUGGGGACAGUCAGUCCUCCUUAUCGCUGAGAUGCUCCGAGAGGAUUUAAUCCAUAUCAAUGAACUGGACCCUAUUCGUAGGUAUCUCCCUGCACCAGAAAGACCACGGUUCAGUUCUCGAUACAGUGCAUUCCAGGGCACCCCUGAUGACCUCGUCAUUCAAAUGGUACUCAUCUCUGAAAGUGCCGAACUUCAAAAGCUGUUGGGAACCUAUGGUAUUGAAACCCAAACUCCAAGACAGGUGGAACCUAUCCAGAUUUGGUCACCAAAAGAAUUAACAAAGGCUUAUGAGUACCUUGGUCAGAACAAGAAGCUCCAAAUAUCAGGAAGGCCGUCUCGUCCAUUUGGCGUACUUAGUACUUCAAAGAUUUACCGUAUCUGUGGCCAAACUGUGCUGUGUUACCCUCUGUUGUUUGAAAUCAGCAGUUUUUAUUUGGCCCAAGAUCUGUCAUUAGUCGUGGAUAAUUGCAAAAAUGAUCUGGCUUUUGUAGCUAAAUGCUGGAAGUUGUAUGGAAGGCCGACAUUCUGUAUGGUGAUUCGACAGGAUAUUGUCCAGAACGGAGAUUUCAAUUGCUUUUUGGAUCUCUUAUCUGAAUUAAAAAGAGGGGAUUGUAGUGGCCUUCGAGUACGAUUUGGAAGGCUUCAGGCAAUGAUAUCCUCUGCAUGCAUUGAACAUUUGGACUUCCUACAUGUGCUCGAUGACUUGGAGAUUUUCCAACCAUUUCAAGAGAAACCUUCUUCACUGAACAUUUCCAACAUGUUGGCAAUCCCACCUCCUGCACAUGUAGAGGAAGAAGAAGCAGACAUAAAGGAUUACAAAAACGUUUCAACUCCUGAACUUGCAAAGAUGUUGCGAUAUUCUGAGACGACCAGCAGGACUUUGAAGAUUCUUAACAUCCUGUUAAACAAGGAAGGAAUGGAUUAUCGUAUUGAGGAGUAUACAGUAAAGGAGAGACUGGAGCGUACUCUCCUUAUUGCCGGCAACAAGAGGCAGUGGGCUCACGUCAGGCUGUGUGCCGCUCUUCUUGGUAAAGUUGUUGAUAGUCUGGCGCCAUCGAUAACA